AGCGCUGCUGUGUCUCACGAUGAUGAGCCCCGUUGCGCUCUUCCUCCCUCUCAGUACUCCACCGCAGCGCUCGAAUGCGCAUCAAUGGCGUCGUCGACGCAUUUGUCUCAUCAUUCAGGCUUUGAAGAGCGGGCAAAGAGGCGAAGAUGACUACCAUUCAACCCUCAAAGCCCUCAAUUCAAGAAGUCGUAUUGUCCCUAGAAAAUCUCUGGGACAGCAUUAUAUGUUAAAUUCCAGCAUUAAUGAACAGCUCUCCGGCGUAGCAGGAGUUGCAGAAGGAGAUGUGGUUCUGGAGAUAGGGCCUGGAACUGGAUCUCUGACGAACGUCUUGAUUAAUGCUGGCGCCACUGUUGUUGCAGUCGAGAAGGAUCCACAUAUGGCUUUGAUCGUGAAGGAAAGGUUUGGGUGCUCGGAUCAACUCACGGUUCUGCAAGAAGACAUUACUAGGUGCCACUUCCGCUCUUAUGUUAGCUCUUUGUUGGAAACAGUGGACACACGAGGAGUGGUGAAAUAUGCAAAGGUUGUGUCCAACCUUCCUUUCAAUAUAAGCACUGCUGUCGUGAAACAACUUCUUCCAAUGGGUGACCUGUUUUCUGAUGUUAUCAUUUUACUUCAGGAUGAGACUGCUUUGCGGUUGACAAAAUUCCAAUUACACUCCUCUGACUAUAGGCCUAUUAACUUGUUUGUAAAUUUCUACUCAGGGCUUUGAAUUUCAUUAAAUAUGCAGAUGCUGAAUACAUCUGCAAAGUUGAAAGAACAAAUUUUUUCCCUCAGCCAAAC